GUUUUUCUGGAGUCAUAAAUACUGGAUCAAUGCUGCCCUUUGGUGGCCAUUUUGGGUAAUACAAGUGUCAGCUUGCAUUCUGAUCUAUUAAUAACUAGUGCUGAAGUUGUGUUUGAGCAACAGCCUUGUGGUGUUGUGGAGACCACGAAUAAAGGACAUUUGAACUGUUAAUUUACAUACAAGUAAAACAAGACUGAUCCGAAGUGAUGAGAGAUUUUACUUGAUGACAGCAGGGACCACUGUGACUCACUGCAGUUCCAGUGAAGGUUUCUCUCUAGGUGUCAUGUCAAAGGAGACAUUUCCGUUUACUUCUACCUCGCUGCGCUCUCUGAGACUGGAGCAGGACCUUCAGGAGUGGGAGGAUGCUCGACGAGCAUUGGCUGAAAGAAGAUCAAUGGUCAGGCCUCCGCUGCCCCGCGCCCCCAGGCCUCCUCCCAGGCAGCAGCGCCUCCAGGAAGUCCGAGCACCUCCACCUCAGGUCCGCUGCAGAGACACAGCCGUUCACAACACCUUCAUGUUUGGGGAUAUGAAAGGGGUGUAUGCGGUUCUGAAGGACCCUGCCAUGGUCAACGCCCUGAUGGAGACGGUGCACGAGGAGAUGGUGUGGACUCCAGAGAUGGGCAUGUGGACGCUGAGCUCCAAGGUGAAGCAAACUUCAGCGUUACGCCUGGCUGCGAGCAGAGGACACACAGGAUGCGUGGAGGAGCUGCUGUUUCGUGGGGCUGAGGUGAACGCUGACCCCGGAGGAAACACCGCCCUCCAUGAUGCCUGUUUAGGCGGCCAUGCUGCCUGUGUCCAGCUGCUGCUUUCUCAUGGAGCAGAGUCUGAACUGCUGGCUGCAGACGGCAGCGCUCCUCUUCACCUCUGCACAUCUGCCCAGUCAUUCCAGUGUGCUGAGUUACUGUUAGAAGGAGGUGCAGAGGUCAAUGUAAGGAUGAAGGACUCCAGGCUCACACCUUUGCACAUUGCAGCUCGGCGAGGCCUGGAAGAGCACGUGGAGCUCUUCCUCAUCCACGGAGCGGACGUGCUGGCCACAAAUCGAGAGGGGGAAACCCCUCUGAACGCCGCAUGCUCCGCCGCCGAGAGGCCCUCUGAGGCCGGCCGAUAUCUACGCGUGGUUCAAAAGCUGCUGGGCGCAGGAGCUGACCCCAAAACUGCAGGCAGGAAGCAGCACACACCUCUGCACAAUGCCUGUGCAAACUGCAGCCCCCGGAUUGCAGAGCUCCUCCUGCAGCAUGGAGCCAAGGCAGAGGUUACCAACUGUGCAGGAUACACACCAAUGGACUGUCUGUUACAGGUGCUUGAAGAUUACCCGGACCAGCAACCAGAAGCAAUAGCACGCUCACUUCUGAACUAUGGAGCGAAGCCUGUCUGCCCAAAGAUGUUGAAGCAGUGUGUCCUCUCCGUUGCCACCCUGAAGGUGAUGCUGAACUCGUACACUUCUGUCCCUCCCUGUGACUGGAUGGACUCUCUGUCUGCUGAGCUAUACGAGGAGAACAGGCCCUUCUUCGACUUGGUACGUCAGCGGAGCGGCCAGCCUCGCUCUCUGCAGCAUCUCUGUCGAUGUGCUUUACACCUGCACCUCGGAGCCCGACGUUCCUCAGCAGUCACUAAACUGAACAUUCCCAGCUCUGUGAGGGAUUACCUGCUGCUGUGUGAUGAUGGGACGCUCCUGUGACUUCAUCCUGUACAUAUAUAUUUUAAAUCGCAUGGUGGCCUCUUUGAAAACUUAUUUUAGAAUAUAGUAACCUGUGUAUGUUUAUUUUUUUAAACUAACACUUGAAAUACAUAUUAGUAUUAAGAAUUAUUUAAGUUUAAGUGAAACCAUGAAGAGCACUUUGACAUGGAGAUUCACAACUUUACCUCCUGUUGGAUUAUAAUUUAUUAUAUUUAAUUUAUGAAUCCUUAAUUUAUAUUUUAUUGGUUGGUUGAUAUUAAUGACACUAAUUAAGGCAGCAAAGU